GGGCGCCCAUUCCGCAGCGGCGUUUGCGGCGUUGGCAGCGUUCAUGCCCUAACGGCUGCCUUGAGGCGGGGCCCCUCCAUGCGGGGCCCGCGGUGCCGCAGCGUUCUGGCCGCCUUCACGGUUCUCUUCUUGUUGGGAACGGCGGCGGGCGCUGAGGAAGCUCUGCAAGGCGAUGCCGUGGUGGUGGAGGCCGCUUUCGGGCUGGGGGCGGCCGCAGCCGCUCUGCCGGCCGGGUCUGCCGACGUGACGGUGGAGGACGAUGUGACCGCCGCGCCGCUCGGCGAGCAGGAGGCGGAGGGCAGCGGGGAGGCCCGGAGCGGCGGCAGAUCUCUAGUAAUUAUCAGCACUUUGGAUGGAAGAAUUGCUGCCCUGGAUCCUGAGAAUAGUGGAAGAAAACAGUGGGAUCUGGAUGUGGGAUCAGGUUCUCUGGUGUCAUCCAGCCUCAGUAAACCAGAGGUAUUUGGAAAUAAGAUGAUAAUUCCUUCCUUGGAUGGAGACCUUUUCCAGUGGGAUCGGGAUCGAGAGAGCAUGGAAGCAGUUCCUUUCACAGUUGAAUCUCUUCUCGAGUCAUCCUACAAACUGGGCGAGGAUGUUGUCUUAGUUGGGGGGAAGUCUUUAACAAGCUAUGGGCUGAGCUCCUACUCAGGGAAGGUGAAGUACAUCUGCUCGGCUGUGGGCUGUCGCCGGUGGGAUGACGAUGAGGCAGAACAGGAAGACACUCUCCUGUUACGCCGAACUCAGAAAACAGUCCGUGCUGUUGGGCCACGCAGUGGUAAUGAGAAGUGGAAUUUCAGCGUUGGUCACUUUGAGCUGCACUAUGUCCCAGACGUAGAAAAUAGAGCAGGAUACAUUGAGAGCAAUUUUAAAUUACAUGUGAACAAAGAAGAAACAAAAAUAAUUUCAGAUGUGGAUGAGCAGGAGGCAAUGAUGAAAGAUACAGUGAUAAAAGUCUCAGUGGCUGACUGGAAGGUUAUGGCUUUUAACAGACGAGGAGGACAGCUCGAAUGGGAAUACCAGUUUUGCACUCCAAUUGCUUCUGCAUGGCUGGUUAAGGAUGGCAAGGUAAUUCCAAUCAGUCUGUUUGAUGACACAAGUUACACCACAAACAAUGAAGUGUUAGAAGAUGAGGAGGAUCUCGUGGAAGCUGCCAGAGGGGCCACAGAAUCCAGUGUCUAUUUGGGUAUGUACAGGGGCCAGCUGUAUCUUCAAUCAUCAGUUAGAAUUUCUGAAAAAUUCCCAACCAGCCCAAAGGCUCUGGAAUCCAGGAAUGAUAAUGCAAUUAUUCCCCUCCCGAAAAUUAAAUGGAAACCCUUAAUCCAUUCUCCUUCCAGGACUCCAGUGUUGGUGGGGUCGGAUGAAUUUGAUAAGUGUCUCAGCAAUGACAAGUAUUCUCAUGAAGAAUACAGCAAUGGAGCACUUUCAGUUCUACAGUAUCCAUACGAUAAUGGUUAUUACUUACCCUACUACAAAAGAGACAGAAGUAAACGUAGCACCCAGAUCACUGUUAGAUUUUUUGAUGAUAUGAAUUACAAAAACAUUCGCAAAAAAGAUCCUGUUCUUCUGCUUCACUGGUGGAAAGAAAUCGUUGGCACCAUUAUAUUUUGCAUUGUGGCCACAACCUUUAUUGUACGCAAACUUUUCCAUCCCCAUCCUUACAGCAGACUGCGGAAGGAAUCUGAAACACAGUGUCAGACUGAUAGCAAAUAUGAGUCUGCUUGUGGAGAUGCUAAGGACACCAGCUGGAGUGAUGUGAAGAACUCUGGAUACGUAUCAAGAUAUCUGACAGAUUUUGAACCAAUUCAGUGUCUGGGCCGUGGAGGUUUUGGAGUCGUUUUUGAAGCCAAAAAUAAAGUGGAUGACUGCAACUAUGCUAUCAAAAGGAUCCGUUUGCCUAACAGGGAACUGGCACGUGAGAAAGUGAUGCGGGAAGUCAAGGCGUUAGCUAAACUGGAGCAUCCAGGUAUUGUUCGGUACUUCAACGCGUGGCUGGAAGCUCCACCUGAGGGAUGGCAGGAAAAGAUGGAUGAACAGUGGUUAAAAGAUGAAAGCACCGAUUGGCCACUCAGUUCUCCCAGUCCAAUGGAUGUCCCAUCAUUUAAGAUCAGAACGGAGCCAUUUUCUACAAAGGACCACAAUGAAGUUAUUGCUACUUCAUUGGAGAAGGGAAGGUCUUUCUCUGUGGGAAUACCACGUAGUCAGUCUGAUUCAUCUGAAAGUGAGUUCUCUCCUCUGGAAUUUUAUGCUUCAGACAACAGGGUCUUGCACCAGUCGGAAGAUCCACUAUUAAACCUUCAGGACAGUGUUCUUACAGGCUGUGAUGUAGAAGACAGUACUAUCAACAGUAAUGACUUGGGUCACUCUGAAUUGGAUCACUCCCUGGAAGUCUGUCUUCCUGCUGUUCCUGUGAGGGAAGGGACCUCCUCCUCUAUUGUGUUUGAGGAUUCUGGCUGUGGUAAUGCUUCUAGUAAGGAAGAUAAAAUUGAUGCUUCAUGUGAUGAAAGUCUUUCUGAGGACAAGCCAACAAGUACAAAGGAACCUGGUAACAAGAAAUCUUCAGGAAGUCCCCUAUCUGUUUCUCCACCAAGGCCAACAAGUUUAAGCCUGGACCUUUCUAAAAAUACUACAGAAAAAGUCAAGCCCACCUCUCCAAAGGUGUAUCUUUACAUCCAAAUGCAGCUCUGCAGGAAAGAGAACCUUAAAGACUGGAUGAGCAGAAGAUGCAUAAUAGAGGAGAGGGAAAGGACAGAGUGUCUGCAGAUAUUUCUGCAGAUAGCCGAAGCAGUUGACUUUCUGCACAGUAAAGGAUUAAUGCACAGGGAUCUUAAGCCUUCCAAUAUAUUUUUCACAAUGGAUGAUGUAGUAAAGGUUGGGGAUUUUGGACUGGUAACUGCUAUGGACCAAGAUGAGGAGGAGGAAUUGGUACUUACCCCAAUGCCAGCUUACGCCAGACACACAGGACAAGUAGGGACCAAACUCUACAUGAGUCCAGAACAGAUCUGUGGGAACACCUAUUCUCACAAAGUGGAUAUAUUUUCUUUGGGACUGAUUCUCUUCGAGCUGCUUUACCCUUUCAGCACACAGAUGGAGAGAGUCAAGACCCUGAGCGAUGUUAGAAAUCUGAACUUUCCAACAUUGUUCACUCAGAAAUAUGCACAAGAGUACAUCAUGGUGAAGGACAUGCUCUCUCCAAGUCCCACUGAAAGACCAGAGGCGGCCGCAAUCAUAGAAAAUCCUGUAUUUGAAGACUUGGAACUCCCAGCAAAACCAGUGCUUAGGCAGAGGUCACGGACAAUGAGUUUAUCAGGAAAUAAGCAUUCGAGACAACCAAGCAAAUAAUUAUCCUCAGGAUCACUUCUUCCACUCAGCAGGCUUUAAAGGGAUUGUUCAUCAGAAGGAUCCUAUGAUGCAGAAUGUCUAUCUUGGAAAUGUUUACUUAAACUUUCUUUUGCCAUAGCUGAUGUUUAAGACGUUGGACAGAUUUUUGUUUAUUUUGACAGCCAAUGAAAGUCAGUAACCACACUUUCUACAUUCCAUUUUUCUUACCUUAACUCUCCUUGGCAGGUGGGUUCAGCUACUGUGCUUACCAAUGGUGUGCUCCAUUAUCUCUUUUUGGGGGGGGGGGUUGGGAUUUCUGGAAGAUUUUUUUUAUACUUUUUUUUUUUUUUUUCCUGAAGCUUGUAUAUUCUGCUUGCUGGGUAAGUGAGAGAUCUGUAACAUGUAAAUAGAAUUAAAAUACUGUAUUUUUAUAGAGCAAAUUACAGUCUCUAAGCCUAGUGAGUGUAUAUCUGAAUCACUUGCUCUUCGGUGAAAUGAAGAUGAUUUUGGAAAAAAAAAAAAAAAGAAAGAAAACAAAAGAAAAACCACAAAACAAUGACUCCAUUUUUUGUCCCUGGUAGGUAAACUGGGAACCUGCACUAUUUUUAAAGCAAAAAAAUCACCACAACUGUACAUACUGUCACUCUCCAUAGUCAGUCUUUAGAGGAAUUUUUUUUCGUAUUUCUACGCUGUAGUAGAUCUUAGGGAAUGCAUUUUAUACAGAUAAACCUGUAGGGAAGGGAGAGGAGCUUUUUGCCAUUAAAAGAGGGCUGAUAGGCAAUGGUUGGAAGAGCCAUAGUAAAAAUUAUGUACAAAGAUGUUGUGAUUCUGACAAUUUAAACCUAAUGAAGUCAUACGUGUCGUAUGUAAUCUUGUAGAUUUGUACUUUAAAAAGAAAAAUCAACUGGUAGGCAAUUGUGUAAUCUGCUAAUUUAACUGCCUAAUGCCGUGCUUUUAUUUCUCAUUGUAAAUAUGUUAAUUUUUAUUUAUAAAAUACGGAAUCAAUCCAUUUGGGUUGGUGGUGUACAGAAUGCGCUCGCUAUAAUUGUUGAGUGCAUUGAUUAUUGUGACUUAUUUAAAGUCUAAAUGAUUUAAUAAACUUUUGUAUUUAAAA